AUGGAUUCUACUAUCCUCUUUGUACUCUCUGUUACUCUCACUCCCGCUUUUGGAAGUCCUGUCGGUACCAUUCCCGACUCCUCCGUCACCGGCUCAGGAACCAUCGAAACCGAGCCGGGCUAUGUUCCGAAUCCUUCGGGCCGUGGAACCAUCGGCCUUCUCUUAACCGCCGUCAUCACCUUAACGCUUUGCUGCUACACCUCGAUCCAUCUCAACAUUGCGCCUGAGAAGUACUACUGCGCGUUCAUUCCAAACACCUUUGUCUACAAAGUCAAUUGGGUGUUUCUCACGUUGUGCGGGCCGGAGUAUGUCGUGAUCAAAGCCUGGGAUCAGUUCGUAAAUGCGGAGACGAAUUUGGAUUACCCAAAAUUCCAUUACCUUCGGAAAUUCAUUAAAGACACAUGGAAGCCCAGGAAGGACUGUCCCUACUCCAUAACUACCGCCUUCUUUAUUCUCAUGGGUGGGGUUUCCGUCGACGUUGGGAGCCUGACGAAGGAGGAUGACAAGCUACGGGAAAUCGAGUGGAUCGCGUUGUCACCUAAUGGAUUCCUCAAGAUGGCGAGACUGAGGCUCAUCGACGUGCACAAACUGAGCCUCGAGCCAGAAAUCCUUGACCGCAGCAGAGAAUAUCAAGUGUCGUGA